UGAUUGAUUGAUUAAAAUAGCUAGAGAAAUGUGUAUCAAUUGUUUUUUUUUACAUACAUCAAUACAUAAAGUAAUCGGUUAAGAGUCAAGUCCAGAGCUGUGCUUAAUUAGGAGUGCCAAGAUGAGCAGUUGCUGUAUCCAACCCUAUACAUACAUAGACAUGUACCUUGAACAGUUUCUUGUUUCGAUUUUAUGUGCAAGUCAACAGUCAUCAGGGAUGAAAGGUUUUUAGAUUUGAAUUUUUUCGGAGAUCCAGAUCGAUCGGGGCUGAGGAUGGUGUGGCUUGCUUGCUUUGGUUGGUUGCUGUGCAUGGAGGCAGUCCGGUGAGGUCGGCGUUCUGAGUGGGAUGAGGAUGAGCUUGGGUUUUGGAGUGAGUGAGGCUGAAGUGGCCAGUUCGGAUCGGAGGUAGCAGCAAGCAGCGACUGCUGAUCAUCACCAUCAUCAGCUCAUUUCAGUCCAGUCAGUCAGUGGUUGGAUGCUGUGCUGACAGCUGUGCUGUUUCAGAUCACUCCCAGAUUAAAAAAAAAAAAAACACAAGCUCCCUUCCACCCCACCAUCAACAAAAACCAAAAAGAAAAAACCAAAAAGAAAAAAUGACCGGCCAAUUCAACACCUUCUCACAAGCCUCAACCGCACCACUCCAUUCCAAGCCAGACCCCAAACUCCAGACCCGCCAGUCCGUCCCAGCCACAAACCCAGAAGGACUCGACCCCAUCGAGGCCUCCAAGCAACUCGCCGCCUAUGCCGCUGUCGACCAGCACAUCCUCCCCCACCAUCGGGUCAUCGGAAUCGGGAGCGGGUCUACUGUGCCUUAUGUCGUAGAACGAAUCGUACAACAGGGCCACGAAACAAAUGAAUCAAGAUGGUUCAUUCCGACGGGCUUUCAAUCGAAAGAGCUGAUAGUAAAAGCGGGCCUAAACCUGGGAGAUGUGGACCAAUUCCCGCGGCUGGACAUUACCCUGGACGGGGCGGACGAGGUGGAUGCGGAUCUGAAUGCGAUCAAGGGCGGGGGGGCGUGUCAUCUGCGGGAGAAGGUGCUUGCCGAGGCCGCCGACAAGUUCAUCCUCGUCGCCGACGCCCGCAAGGACUCGGCUCUCCUGGGCACUAAUUGGAGGGCCGGCGUGCCCAUCGAGGUCGUCCCCUUCGCUUGGGCUAAAGUCAUGUCGAAUAUCCAGCUCAUGGGCUGUCCUCAUCCCACUCUCAGAAUGGGUAAAUCGAAAGCCGGACCAGUGGUCACCGAUAACGGAAACUUCGUGAUCGAUGCCCCGUUCGACGAUAUCUAUAUGCGAGAUCCUAGCGAACUAUCUUACCGACUAAAAAUGUUGACAGGGGUCUUGGAAGUCGGCCUGUUUUGCGGGAUGGCUCAGGAAGCGUAUUUCGGCAACUCGGAUGGGACGGUGACGAUCCGGUCUAAGAAUGGAAAGACGAGGAAGAUGUCGGUGGAAGAAGGCAAGCUGAAGAUCCGAUCCAACGGGCUCACUCCCCAUCAUCUUCUUCAUCCACUCAAUUCGUCCGCUUCGAAACCUUGAUAACUCCUGUCGUCUUCUCAAAAAACAAACAAAUCAUCCUUGCAUUUCAACCGCGCAAUCAAUCUCUCCCUUUCUCUCACUCUCUCUCUCUCUCUUGUCUUUCAUCUAACACCCAAUGCCUUUCAUAUAUACUCAUCUUUCAACUCACAUGUAUAUGUGAAAACAAAAAAAAAAGUAUGUGCUCUUCGUCUCGACCUGCAUUCCAAUCAACAUCACCACCAUCUUCAUUUGUUUUCUCUAAGUCGCUUCGUUCAUAUAUGUGCUGGAUUCCAUAUUUCGCUCUCCUUCUUCUUCUUCUUCUUCCAUAUCUUUCCUUUUUCACCUUUUUUUGUUUUGACAAUGAGGUUUUUUUUUGUGAAGCAUUAGUAUGUCUUCUUUGGUUUGUAGCUUCUCAUCAAUCCGCUUCUUUUCUUUUCUUCAAACAAAACAAACAUCUCAUUGAAUUAUAUCACAUAUCACAUAUCACAGAUUAUCGAUACAUACACUUCACAGCAGCACAUCUACAUUACAACAUUCUUCAAAUUCAAUCAGUGUUUGGGAUGUUUGGCUUCAUUGUUUUUGAAACAUGUUUCUCUUCCUUGAUUGAUUCUUCACUACCCAUCAUCAUCAGCAGCACCACCACCACUCCAAAAAGAAGUUUUUUUUUCUUACUGUUUUUUUGCUGUCCUUUUUUCCCUUCAAUAUAACACAUCAUAUUUUGCAU